AUGAGAAAUCUUUUGAGGUAAUCCUUUAUACCAUUGAUGGUUAACAAUUUAAUUAGACCAGAGGAAUAAUUAUUCCAUAAGAGACUUCCAAAAAAGUUAGAGUUUGGCCAUACACUAGUCGCUUAAUAUAAGAAACACAUAGGUGGCAUGGUUAAAUCCAUAUUCUGGAAUCCUAAUACUAAAGCCUAUGUUUCAUAUAAUGAGAAGAAUUUACAUGUAUGGAAACCAGAGACUGAGGAGUAAAUAUUUUACGUUAAUUUCUUUGAUGAAACUAAAUCUCAUCAAAUCUCAUGCAUAGUGUACUCAUCUAAGUAUCAUGUAAGAAAUCUCAAGCCUAAAUUCUUAUAGCUUUAUUUGGCUAUAUCUAAUGAUUUCAAGCUUCAUAUAUUUAAUGAACAUUUGCAUCAUAUUAAAGCACUUCCGUUGAAAAUAAGACUUAUCAAUUUCGCUUAUUUCUAUGAAAAAGAGUCCAAAUUGAUAACCGCUGGUAUAGAUGGUUGUUUUAUGUUUGAAUUUAAAAUGGAAUGUAAAUAUGAGCCCAAGCAGGCUGUUCUCCUAGACCCUGAAGGAAAUACUAUGGAAUUCAAACUUGGACCUAAGAUAAAAUUAGAAAAAAUGCCACUCUGGGUGAAGGGGCUUAAAGUCGAUGAAGUAGAAGGAAUUAUUUUUACAUGGUCUUAGCUUAAGACUUGUUUUAAUGAUAUAUCAACUGGAAAGCUUUAAUUCAAAUUUAAAUCUCUCACUACUUAUGAGGAUUACAUUACUGAUUUGAUUCUAAGUGAUGAAUUUAGAUAUUUUAUCACAAGCACUUACUUUGGUCAUAUUUUUGUAUGGAAACUAACUAUUCAUAGAAAACUAAUACAUAGUUAUGGGGGUCAUACUAAGACAGUAACUUCUUUAAGUAAUCAUCCAACCUAACCCACUCUAUUCAUAUCUGCUUCUAACGAUAACACAAUAAGAAUAUGGUGUCUUGAUAAAUUUUCUGAGCUCUAUUGCUUUGAAUUACAGGCUGGUAUAAAUAACAUAAAAAUGAUGAAUGAACGAAUUUUCGCUUGCUUCUAUAAUGACGCAAUAAAGAUAGGUGAAUUACAUCACUUAGCAUUGUCAUUUACUAACUAAGGCUCUGCGAUUUCAAAAAUUGGGAAAUGCUUCAAUGAGGAGCAGGAUAUUAAAACUAAUGAUCCAUUUGCAGUUUUCACACUUUUUAAAGAUAAUUCUGCACUAAUACAAAAUCCAAAUACUGGAAAAACACUCUCUACAAUUUAUCCACCACCAACUGCGAAAGAAGUAAUGUUUAUAUCUUACUGCAUGACACUUAAAAGAAUGUUCAUCCUCCUAACUUCUGGAACACUUUGUAUCUAUAAAAUUGACAGAGACACAGCUAUUUUAGAAAAAUUGUAGUACCCUAAUCAAUUAAAAGAUAGUGAAGGCAAAUCAGUAACCCAGUAGAUUACUUCAAUGACAUUUGCAAGUUCUGUUCCACCGAAAUAUGAUUGUGAAAUAUUUAAUGAAGUAAAUGUAAACAAUAAAAUGCAAGAAGAGGAAAAAUCUUCAAUGAAAAAUCAAUAUGUUGAUUAUACUGAUAAGUUUUUGGUUUUUGGUCUAUCAAAAGGAACCAUAGUUUUUAUCUCAGUUGAUAAUCUAGAACUGAUACAUGCUAGAUUUUCUAUUCAUAGAUAAGCUGUUGAGCAAAUUUAUGAAAUCAAGCCGAUUGGAGAUAUAAAAAUUUGCAAUAAUCUAAUUUUUGUUGGUUUCAAAACAGGGGACACUGAGAUGUUUCUCUGGGAUGAAGAACAUAAAGAGAAAGAAUUCUACAGGUUAAAUUGUGAUAAAAUAGACGAGCACGAAGAUGAACUAUAGUCAUUAGACUUUCUGCCGAAAUUUUUGGGGUCAGAAAUUUAAUCCUAAAAUAAAAAGUAUAAUACUGGGCUAUUUGUAACUGGAGCUAAAGAUGGACUUGUGAAAGUUUGGAAUGUCAAAAAAGAACUUAUUAGAGAAAUUAAAUUUCCAGAGCCAAUUACUUCUGUAUGCUUCUUAAAUUCAAGUGCAGAUUUAUUAGUGGGUCAUGUAAGUAAAGUUUCGACAGUUUUAGCGAAAGAUUAUAAGCCAUUUGAAAUUAUGGAGACUGCUUUACCAACUGAAUAUGAAAUAGAAAAAUUUUCUAUGCAGAGAACAGUUGUAACGGAAAAAAUAUUUUAAAAGCUGAAAAGAUAAGAUGAUAAGAUAAAAAAGUAAUAUCAAGAGUUAACUAAGAAGAGUCCUCUAAAAAUCAGCAAUAAUCAGUUUCAUUAGGAUGUUCCAAAUGCCUCUUCACCGUUUGCUGGUGAUGAGAAGAAUGAUAAAUCGUAAUCUCCAGAAAAUAGCUUCAGUAAUAAAAAGAAACAUCCCAAAUUUAAGGAUGAUACUAUCAUUUCGGAAAUAAGAGCUGGUGAUCCGAAUUAUGAAAAUUAGAGUCCGAGAGGAAAAAGUACUUACAGAAGAGAUGAAUCAGAUAGUGAUAAUGAUAACAUGUUUGAUGAGGACAUUUAUUAGAAAGCUCUUGAAGCAGCAAAAAUAGAAUAGGAAAAAAGGGCAUAAAAGAGAAUGAUUGCAAUGUAAAAGAGAUCUCUCAAUGAUCCUAUUCAGCAAUAAUAGCAUGGGCAAAUGUUAAAGAAGAAAAAAACUGCUAUCACAACUAUAAAGAGAGUAGAAUAUUAAAAUUUCUAGAACUAGUAGUCAUACUAAACAGACAACAAAGUGAACCAAAGUUCCUAUCAGAACUAUCCAUAUGGAGGAAGCCCAAAUGGAAAUGGGCCAAAUGGAGAAGGUAAAAUUGGAGAACUUACUCAUAAAGAAUCAAUUCAUGAGUUUCUUGAAAAAUACAAGCCUGGUAAAGUCACAGCGUUACCACCUAUGAUGAAUCACUAAGUAUCUUAAUUGACAUUACUAAGAUAGCUUUAAAGCAAAACUAAUAUGACUAGAAGAGACAUAACUGAGGGAAGAAUUAUACAAAAUAUUCUAUUGCAUAAUGAUCCCAGAGAAUAAUAAGUCCAUGAUGAUAUUUACAUUUCAACCAGAGGAGAUAAAGAUUUAUUUGGAAGUUAAAGUUUCAUAUACAAAACAGUCCAUAAUCCUAAUAAGUAACCACAAACCAUUUAGUAGCAAUAUUAAAUGAAUUCUGUUUCGAUAAUAAGUUCAGGCUAAAAGAAUCAUACUUCAAGUGCAAAAAACAAGAGAUCAAAUACACAUAGCCUGCCAAGAAUAAAUACUUAGGGUAGAAAUGCCUAAAUUAUGGCUGAAGCCACAACAAAAAAUAGCUUAUUGGAGACUAAAAAUCACCAUAUGAUCUAAUAUCAAUCUAUUUAGCUUUCAAACAAUAGUAAUAAUCCUGGUGGCGCAUUGUAUGGGUUAGCUCAAUCUCAGAAUUCAUAUCAAAAUUAUCUAACUACUUAAGAUCAAAAGAGUAUUGAUUAGAUGUCCCUAAAUCAGCUUAUGGUUCCAACAGCCCCUGAUACCUUACCUACAGGAUAUACAUCUAGAUAGCAGAUUCUAAAAUCUAAUGAGAAGAGUUCUAAUCUAAAAAAGAGUUUACACCUUAAAAAAUGA